GAAAGUUCUCUUCUCCUAAACCAAAACACAAGAGCUUCUUAACCUAGGAGGAACAGUAGAUUGAUUUUUUCUCUCUCUCUCUCUUGUAGUAGUCUUGUGUCUAUCUAUUACAGAGAAUGAGUUGUGCUUCAGGGGAGAAAGAAAAGCUUGGUGAGGCUUUGAAAACUUAUGGGAAAGAUUUGAUUGAGCAAGCAGGGAAACUUGAACCUGUAAUUGGCAGAGACGAGGAGAUAAGAAGAGUAGUCAGGAUUCUGUCAAGAAAAAAGAAGAACAAUCCUGUUCUGAUCGGAGAAGCAGGGGUUGGCAAAACUGCUGUGGUGGAAGGUUUGGCUCAAAGGAUAUUAAAAGGAGACGUGCCUAAUACUCUUACUGAUGUAAAACUCGUCGCCUUGGACAUGUGUGCACUGGCUGCUGGUGCAAAGUACCAAGGACAGUUCGAAAAAAGAUUGAAAUCUGUGCUGGACGAGGUUGAGGAAGCUCAAGGCAAAAUUGUUCUCUUUAUCGAUGAGAUCCACAUGGUUCUUGGAGCUGGCGGGGCCAUAGAGGCUGCCAAUUUCUUUAAGCCUAUGUUAGCUAGAGGCCAGCUUCGUUGCAUUGGGGCUACUACGCGUGACGAAUACCGAGAAUAUGUUGAGAAAGAUGCUGCGUUUGAGAGAAGGUUCCAGAAAGUCUGUGUAGCUGAGCCAAGUGUGCCUGAGACUAUCAAUAUUCUUCGAGGGCUUAAAGAGAAAUAUGAAGUACAUCAUGGUGUCUGUAUCCAAGACACAGCUCUUGUUGUUUCUGCUCAGUUGUCUGCUCGUUACAUCACUGGUCGAAAAUUACCGGAUAAGGCGUUUGAUUUGGUUGAUGAGGCUUGUGCAUAUGUAAGAGUCCAGCUUGAUAGUCAACCUGAAGAAAUUGAUGACUUUGAAAGAAAGAUAAUGCAGCUAGAGAUUGAACUUCAUGCCCUCGAAAAGGACAAGGACAAAGCCGCCGGUGUAGCUCGUCUUGUGGAGGUGCAGAAAGAGCUUGAUGACUUGAGGGACAAGCUUCAGCCUCUUACAUUGAGAUACAAAAAUGAGAAGAAGAUAAUUGAUGAGAUUCGCAGCCUUAAACAGAAACGAGAAGAGCUGAUAUCUGCUCUAAAGGAGGCUGAGAGGCAACAUGACCUCCCUAGAGCUGCUGAUCUAAGAUAUGGGGAAAUUCAAGAAGUGGAAUCUGGACUAGCAAAACUAGAAGAGAGUUCUAAAGAGAACGUGAUGCUUACGAAAACUGUUGGGCCGGAUAACAUUGCUGAGAUAGUGAGCCAAUGGACUGGGAUUCCAGUGACUAAACUUGACCAGAACGACAAGGAGAAGCUAAAUUCUCUUGCUGAUAGGUUACACCAGAGGGUUGUUGGACAAGACCAAGCGGUGGACGCUGUGGCUGAUGCAAUUUUAAGGUCGAGGGCUGGUCUUGGAAGUCCACAACAACCCACAGGUUCCUUCCUCUUCCUCGGUCCAACUGGAGUUGGCAAAACUGAGCUGGCUAAGGCUCUCGCUGAGCAACUCUUUGACGAUGAAAACCUAUUGGUUAGGCUUGAUAUGUCUGAGUAUAUGGAACGACACUCGGUUUCUCGACUCAUUGGGGCACCACCUGGGUACGUUGGUUAUGACGAGGAAAGUGGACAAUUAACUGAAGCCGUGAGGAGACGACCUUAUUGCGUUGUACUAUUUGAUGAAGUUGAAAAGGCCCAUGUUUCUGUAUUCAACAUACUACUUCAAGUGCUAGAUGAAGGAAGAUUAACAGAUUCUCACGGGAGGACAAUCGAUUUCAAAAACUCAGUGAUCAUAUUGACUGCAAACAUUGGUGCUGAGCACCUUAUUUCAGGCCUUGCAGGUGAAGUGACAAUGGAAGUGGCUCAAGACCGCGUGAUGGAAGAAGUGAAAAAGCAUUUCAGGCCAGAGCUACUAAACAGAUUGGAUGAGAUAGUAGUGUUUGAUCCUCUGUCGCAUGAGCAUUUGAGAAAAGUGGCUCAACUCCAAAUGAAAGAUGUUGUUAUCAGGCUUGCUGAGAAAGGUGUAGCUUUGGAUGUCACAAAUGAUGCAUUGGACUAUAUUUUAGAAGCGAGUUACAACCCGGUAAUCUCUUCUCCCUUCUUACAACUUAAAGUGUACGGUGCUAGGCCCAUUAAGAGAUGGCUGGAGAAGAAAGUUGUCACAGACCUGUCCAAGAUGAUUGUACGAGAAGAAAUCGUUGAGAACUCGAUUGUGUACAUAGAUGUAAGCGCAUUUAAAGCUGGUAUUGUCUACCGAAUUGAUAAGAACGGAGGUUUUGUUAAUAAGAAGACAAAGAAUGAUGAUGGUCACAUCGUGAAGAAGAUAAAGAUUGAAGAACGAUGAAAGAUUGGAAGUUAGUCAAGAUUGUUUUAGACCCUAGUUUUUUUGGUUUUAGCUAGAGUUAUUCACUAUUCUACGUUCGAUUAAAUUAUAAUCCAAAGUUUUCUAAAAUUGUUUGGAUAUCUCUUUAAAUGAAUCUGAAGUUGAGUU